UCAGUGCUUCAGUCCUGGUGCUACCAUGGGCGGCGGGUUCUGCUCGACCGCUGCAGUGCAGCUCCAGUACAUGGCCUUUCACACGAGCUUUGAUUUUGCACACGCCACAACCGGUGUAAGUUUCGAAAACUGGAGCCGCCUACAUCAAGCCGUGGUCGGGACCUGCAAUGGCGUCGAAUAUAACUCUGGAGGUAGGACCGCAGGAAGCCUGGGUGGCUGCCCGACCAUUGUCUCGCACGAUGGUACCGUAGGCGACUUUCACGCACAUAUGCAAGCGUGCCCAGGGCAGAGCAGGGCGUUAGCGUUAAUGGUGAACGGUGGGCCCCUCGGCGAAAAGCACAACCUGAUCCACGCCAUCAACAGGCUGAUGCAGGAGGUGCUGGACGCCUUUGAGGCAAAAGAGGCCGAAUUUGACGCAAAGCAGGCGGAAGAACUCAAAGCCUUGAUCGAAGAGCAUACACAAUCCGCAGAACUGUUGGAAGCGGAGAGUGACAAGAAUGAAAAUGUGAUGAUUUGAAAUAGAAUUUUUGAGCACAUG